UUGGUUGCUCGGCGGCGCCGUCUCCGCGGCUGCCUUCCUCGUCGGAGUGGUGGCGAUGUGCCACUGGCGGCGCAGCCGGCGGGAUCCGGGCCGGAUCCGUCAGUGGAUCCCGCACCGCGUGCUGCGCAUGUCCACCGAGGAGGCGGACGCGCCGCCGCCGGACCCGGAGCACGCUGCCACCGUCCCACCGACGCUGGCCAAGGCCAAAGGACUGCUGGAGAGGAGGGGCUCCAACAACUCACUGACCAUCCAGGUGCAGCAAUCUACCGAGGACACGGAGACUAUCCGCUCCGCUGGGAUGGAAUGCCCGGAGGUGCAGUUUCUAACAUCGGCCGGCAACCGCCUCUCGCGGCGUCAGCUGAGGGAGACCGAGUGGAAUUCAUCCGCACUGCGCGCCGAGUUCUGGGACAUCCCGCUGAACUUCCCCGACCGGUGUCCCAUGCCGGGCACAGGUGCCAAUAACAGAUACAACACCGUUAUUCCGAACGAGCAUUCCCGGGUGCUUCUGCCCGCGCGGCCCGAAGAUCCACUGAGCACAUACAUCAACGCAAACUGGAUCAAGGGGUACGACGGUGAGGAACGGGCGUACAUCGCCACACAAGGGCCGCUGGCGCACACGCUGGGCGACUUCUGGCGCAUGGUGCUGCACCACCGCGCGCCGGCCGUCGUCAUGAUCACCAAGCUGCGCGAGGACGAGCGCAUCAAGUGCGCCGGCUACCUGCCCGAGACGCGCCAGACGUCCUGCUUCGGCGGCGUCCAGGUCACCGUCCAGUGCGCCCGACCCCGCAGCGGCUACACCGUGCGUCAGGUCCUGCUGCAGUGCGGCGAGGAGCGGCUGGAGCUGCGCCACUUCUGGUUCACGGCCUGGCCGGACCACCAGGCGCCGGACCACAGUCGCCAGCUGCUACAGAUGGCCGCUGAGGUGGAGACGGCGCGGCGCAGCCAGCAGCGCCGGCCUCCGGGCCCGGUGGUGGUUCACUGCAGCGCCGGUAUCGGCCGCACGGGCUGCUUCAUCGCUACCUCGAUCGGCGCAUGCCAGCUGCAGCAGGAGAACAGCGUGGAUGUGCUGGGGAUCGUCUGCGGCCUGCGUCAGGACAGGGGAGGAAUGGUGCAGACAGCCGAGCAGUACAUCUUCCUCCACAAGGCGCUGAGGGACUUCGAGGCGACUCUGCCGCCCAUCGGCAGCGCGGACAAGAGGAUGAUGUCCAGCAUGCGCUGAGCGGGGGAGCUGGACCCUCACGAGACGGCACGGCGGAGGAUCUCAAGAAGACGUGACACGACGAAUUCUUUACAGCACGAUGCAAUAACCUGGCAUGCCUUCGUUGCCAUUUGGUGUUUAUUAGCGGGGCCAUUUUAUGGUAUGUGGGAAAGACGAUCUCGAGAUGCUCCGUUGAUUAUCAUACAAGUGCAGAUAUCAGAUGGCGAUUAGGAGUUAAGUGACGCUGGUUGCAUCACCCCAGCAUAUUCUUUUCCACUGGUUUCACGAGUUCCAUGGAUCCAGCCUCUGGGACGCCCUCAAAUAAUCCAUGAAGACCAUCGAUCAUGUCAUGUGCUCGGGACUGAGCCAUUUUCAGAGUAGUUGUCUAAGGAAAAGCAAUCUUCACUUUUAACGCGCUCUACUAUCCACUGGCGCUAUUUUGACACCAAUGCAAGAACGACAAUGAGUAAAAACCACUGCUAUUCAUACAACCACUAACAUCUGUGCUACAGAAUCGAGGUUCGGGCCAGUACAUAAAUGACGCCAUAUUAAUAAUGCCCUGCAUUAUUCGUCACCAUAACGAUAUCCGCAUUAGAGGUGACGAGGUGCUGACGGAGUUCAUGCUUGUCAUUCGCGAGUCACGAAGGCUCUCCUAGGGACGGAUGUCGGCGCACUCCUGGGAAGUCCCCUGCUUGACGUCCACUGACGCCCACUCCUCUCCCUGAUGACGCCCACUGACGGCUAUCUCGGCCACUUUACGACGGCCGUCCUGAUGGCGGUCACUGUUGACCAUGUUGGCCCCUUCACGAUGACUCUCCUGAUGACGCCUAUUGGUGGUUAUCUCGGCGCUCUACAAGGAAUCCCGAUGACGCCCACUGCUGGCUAUGUUGACCUCCUCACGACGACCCUCCUGGUGACGCCUACGGGUGGCUAUCUCUGCCCCUUUACGACUCCUUAUGGCACUCACUGAUGGCUAUCUCUGCCCCUUUACGACUCCUUAUGGCACUCACUGGUGGCUGUCUCGCCCCCUUCACAACUUUUGAUGACGUCCACUGGUGGCUAUCUCUGCCCCUUUACGACUCCUUAUGGCGCUCACUGGUGGCUGUCUCGCCCCCUUUACAACUUUUGACGACGUCCACUGGUGGCUAUCUCUGCCCCUUUACGACUCCUUAUGGCGCUCACUGGUUGCUAUCUCGCCCCCAUCACAACUUCUGAUGACGUCCAUUGGUGGUUAUGUCGGCCCUUUACAAGGACUCCCGAUGACGCUCACUGGUGGCUACGUUAACCUCCUCAUGACGACCCUCCUGGUGACGCCUACCGGUGGCUAUCUCUGCCCCUUUACGACUCCUUAUGGCUCUCACUGAUGGCUAUCUCGCCCCCUUUACAACUUCCGAUGACAUCCACUGGUGCUUAUCUCGCCCCCUUUACGACGACUCCUGAUGACGCCCACUGGUGCCUAUGACGCUCCCUGCACGACAACGCUCCCGAUGACGCUCCUAACGCCUUUCCUGUAUCAUCCGUGACAUCCGCGGGAAGUCACUACGAGGUGAAGGCUUCUCCCGGAUACGAUUUUGGAAUUAACGCACACAAGCCACCUUAAUGUAAUUACGCACAACGUUCAUGGUACGGGAUGUUUCUGUGACCUGUGCUUCAGUGAUGUACUCGAUGUACGCGUCCUUUCAUGUCUGGCAGCCUUGAGAGACGUGGCAAGGCCGGAGACGCCUGCCAACUGCGCGUGUCGCCAGCAUGCGAACUCCAGGCGAGAUUUUCUACAACCCUUUCUACGUGUUCGUGUGCUAUGCUCGUGCGAACCCAUCUCCACAGAGGAGAGAACGAACGACACGAUGUGUCAAGCACAGCUAGUCGGGUGUCCUGUUGACAUAGACCGCGAGUCGGGCGUCCUGCUGCCAUUGACGGCGAGUCGCAAGAGGUGCUGGUGAUCUCAUAAGAAAAACAUUGGCCAACAAUGUAAAAGCUGCUCUUAAAGUACUCAAAUGAUCUUUGGUUCACUGCACCUGAAUAGGCCAUGGUGGGUACCACUGAUUCAUGCCGAACAAUACUCAAAGCAUGCAUGUUGCUUUUCGUUGGAUUUCACAGCUGUUAGAAAUCGUUUGGUUCGUGUAUAUGUAACAUCUAGUUAUAACGACACAUAUCAAGUUGUCUCACACAUCGCUGUAUUUAUAAAUACUUGUUGGCAUGUAAGUCAAUGCCCUCAUGCUCAUCUAUAAACCAAUA